GCAUAUUCUCUCACUCCUUCUCUUUCGUCUUCGUCCCGCCUCGAGAGUUUAAUCGCUUCGUAAAAAAUUGUCUCUGAAUUGAGAAAAUCUUAAAUGAUCAUUUCUCAUCGUCACUAUAAAAUUUAUAUUUUCAAUUCAGAUUCAUAUUGAAUUUACUGUUGCGUCCUAUUCGGAGCUUGGGGCCCACCGGAGUAAACUAUACUCCAUCAAGUAUAAAGGAGGAUAACUGCAUUGCAUCAAUUCCAUGUUACAACAAUGGAAGAGUCUCCGAACAGCCAACAGCCAAAGUCCUCACUAAAGAUCAUCCAGACCCUCAAGUCCAACCUCUUCUCCUUCCACUCAACAUGGGCUGAGCUCAAUGGGGCCAUGGGUGACCUCGGCACCUACAUCCCCAUAGUCCUUGCCCUAACCCUGGCCAAGGACCUCGACCUCGGCACGACCCUCAUAUUCACCGGCCUCUAUAAUGCCAUCACGGGACUUGUCUACGGGGUCCCCAUGCCCGUCCAGCCCAUGAAGUCCAUAGCCGCCGUGGCCAUCUCGAGCCCCGGCUUCGGCAUCCCCGAGGUCAUGGCUUCGGGGAUCUGCACCGGCGCCAUCCUCCUUGUCCUCGGUGCAACAGGGCUCAUGCGGCUCGUGUACAACCUCGUGCCCUUGUGCGUCGUCCGAGGGAUCCAGCUUGCACAGGGCCUCUCUUUUGCGUUGACUGCAGUCAAGUACGUCCGGAAGGUCCAGAAUUUCUCCAAGUCGAAGAGCUUGGGCGAGAGGCCCUGGCUCGGGCUCGACGGGCUGGUCCUGGCCAUCGUGUGUGCCUGUUUCAUAAUCGUAGUCAAUGGGGCUGGCGAAGAGAAUAGUGAAGAGGUACAUGGAAAUAUCAAUGGGACAAGCAAUGACUUGCAGGUCGAUGACGAGGAAAACUCGCUGAGGAUGAGGAGGAGGAGGAGGUGGAGGAAGAUCAUAUCGAACCUUCCGUCGGCAUUCAUCAUCUUCAUCCUAGGAGUGGUCCUAGCAUUCAUUAGGAAGCCCAGGCUGGUCGAUGGCAUUAAAUUCGGCCCGAACUCCAUCAAAGUGAUCCACAUCUCAAGGCAAGCUUGGAAGGAAGGCUUCGUUAAGGGCACAAUCCCGCAACUGCCCCUAUCGGUCCUAAACUCGGUGAUUGCAGUGUGCAAGCUCUCCUAUGACCUCUUCCCCCAGAGGGCAGACUUCUCGCCCACCUCAGUUUCUGUAACCGUGGGGCUCAUGAACUUGGUUGGCUGCUGGUUCGGGGCAAUGCCAUGCUGCCACGGCGCAGGUGGGCUUGCGGGGCAGUACAAGUUCGGGGGAAGGAGCGGUGGGUGUGUGGCAAUUCUAGGGGCAGCGAAGUUGGUCUUGGGGCUUGCCUUGGGGAGCUCCUUGGUGAUGGUUCUCAACCAGUUCCCCGUUGGGGUCCUCGGGGUCCUUCUGCUGUUCGCCGGGAUUGAGCUCGCCAUGGCCUCAAGGGACAUGGGAUCGAAGGAGGAGUCUUUUGUGAUGCUGAUGUGCACUGCAGUCUCACUUGUACAGUCCAGCGCUGCGCUUGGGUUCCUGUGCGGGAUGGUUGUGUAUUCAUUACUAAGGCUAAGGGAUCUCGUGUUUGCGCACAAGACCCGGGAUCGGUCCUGCUUGGAUAUAUGGAUGCAGAGGAUGGCAUGAACACUGGAACUUUACCGUAGGGGGAAAAGCGAAAGGGUUCCCAGUCUUUCAUCUUUGCUUUCCAGAAAGAAUGAAAAAUAAGGAUAUAUUUUCCGAAAGGACGUCGACUAGCCGGUUUUUCAUUGUUGCAUAAAGCAAGAGCAUCUUGAAGUCCUCGUUUCUUCUCGGGUUCCCCGAAAGUGAAAGAAGUUCUCAUAAAAUGAUUUUCCCUGUUGUCUCUCGUGUCUGCAGAAAUUGUGAGAUAAGGUGCCUGGAGGCAGUACAGUUAGUUCUGUAUUCGAAUGUUUAAUGAUGUAACAUAUGUACAAAACCAACACAAGUUAGCAAUUAGUUUGAAGAAUUAUGUU